GAAAAGAAUCAAUGAUGAGAUCGAAGAAAUCCUCGAUACGGCUGGUUAUGUCGGUGGGGAAUCUUACGAGAGCGAGACAGAGUUAUCUGCCAUGGGUCUUGAUUAUCGCAUGUUUAGUCCUUAGUAUACACCGGUAUGAUGCCGCCGAGUAUAUCUCCAAUAUGGCAGAAGAUGUAAGCCAAAUAGUGGUGAACUCAAAGAGUACAAUCACUGGGUCAGUGCCCGAGGUCAAAGCACCAUACGAGUCGUGCAAAAAUUCUACGGAUCGCACAAAGGAAAAGCAGCUCAAAAUAGCGUACGUAUUCUUAAGCAGUGAUAACCUAUCACUUUGGCCAGUGUGGGAAGAGUAUUUUUCCACAUGUAGUUCAGAAAUGAUAGACGUGAUCGUGCAUUCGGUCAAUCCUGUGAACAUGUCAAGUAUGAUUCCCAUAUUUCAGCUUCCGACAGAAAGGACAUUGAACGAAUCUCUAAGAUUCAGUUAUGAUAUGGUACAAGCCACACUCAAUUUGUACCGAAGUGCUCUAGAACGGGCAUGUGGUAAAAGGGAUAUAAAAAAUUGCGAUCCAGGCAUGCUUCCGGACUUUAUUCAUUUGUUGAGUGACUCCUGUGCUCCUACCCGGACUUGUGCGGAUGUGAAUACAUACCUGCAGGACAAGCAGGGCAAAAGCUUUGUUGAACGUCAACUGAGAUGGUCAUCCUAUCACGAGGAGACCGAUUCAUGGGAUAACUAUAGAAAGAGCUCGCAAUGGGUGACUUUGACGGGCAAGCAUGCUCUACAUAUGGUGUUAAGAGAGGACAAGCUCCAUAAAAAAUGGUCUGGUUUCAACAAACACAACGGAAAAGCCCCUGACGAAUAUUUACCAGCGACCGAGUUGAGCAACUGGGGGCUAGAAACCCACCGCAAAGUGCUAACAUUCAGCUGGUGGCAGGGCGAGCGGAAGGGAUUCGAUGAGAGUUUGAAGAAACAAGGGUUGGCUGAGCUGAAUCAUAAAGUCGAUUAUUCGCACCCAGCGACUUUCGAAACCUCGGAUUACGUGAAGUUCCUUCUUGCUAAUACACCCGAGUAUUUAUUUGUGAGAAAAGUUAGGGGUGGAGAGGCUUUACACAUUUUGCUUAGUAAUCUGCAACGUGGUAGGGAGUGUAUUACGGCAAAAUUCUGAUAAAGCAAUGAUGAAAUAUAGUAUAGACAACAGUGUAUACCAACUAAGACGUUAUAACCGUCACAUAAUAAACAAUAUAG